CCUUUUUUUUUUCUUGAUCAAGAGUUUUUUAUAUUAAAAUUCUAAUUUAUAGUCAGAAAUUUAUUUUGUCAUCGUAAAGUAAUUGAAAGAAAAUUUUGGAAUUCUUUUUUUAUUCAUUUGUAUAUGAUUUUUCAGUGAAUUUUCGAAGUGGUAAAUUUAGAAAUAAAGGGAUCAUAAUUCAUAACAGAGGAAUUUAAUUUGUACAAGAAAUGAGUUGUUUUUCGUGUUUUUCAUCCCAUCGGAACAAAGCUAAGGGGACAAAUAGUGGCAGGAGGAGAGAGUUGGCUGCCGCUCCCAAAGAACUACCCAUUUCAUCACAGCCUCGGCCAGAAAAUCCUAAGCCAAAGGUCAUACCAGUUGAAACUACAAACAAGGAUGCCAUUAAAGAGACCGCCAACAAAAACAUUGCUGCACAAACUUUCACUUUCCGUGAAUUGGCCAUGGCAACAAAGAAUUUCCGACAAGAAUGUCUUAUAGGUGAGGGUGGAUUUGGAAGAGUUUACAAGGGGAGAAUUGAGAAAACCAGCCAGGUUGUGGCUAUCAAGCAACUUGACAGGAAUGGAUUGCAAGGAAACAGAGAGUUUCUUGUUGAAGUGUUGAUGUUGAGCCUUUUACACCAUGAAAAUCUAGUAAAUUUGAUUGGUUAUUGUGCCGAUGGAGAGCAAAGACUUUUAGUGUACGAGUACAUGCAACUGGGUUCUUUGGAAGACCAUUUACUUGAUGUGCCACAAGAGCAAAAGCCAUUAGAUUGGUUCACAAGAAUGAAAAUAGCUUUAGAAGCUGCCAAAGGUCUAGAAUAUUUGCAUGAUAAGGCCAAUCCCCCAGUCAUAUAUCGUGAUUUGAAAUCCUCGAACAUCUUGCUAGACAAGGAUUUCAAUGCCAAACUUUCUGAUUUCGGAUUAGCCAAGCUUGGACCUGUUGGGGACAAGACACAUGUAUCUUCGAGGGUAAUGGGAACAUAUGGAUAUUGUGCUCCUGAAUAUCAAAGAACAGGUCAACUCACAGUAAAGUCGGAUGUGUACAGUUUUGGAGUUGUUUUGUUGGAGUUAAUCACUGGAAGGAGAGCCAUUGACACCACAAGAUAUACUGAGGAGCAAAAUCUAGUUACUUGGGCACAACCAAUAUUUAAGGAUCCUCAGAGGUUCCCAGAAUUAGCUGAUCCACUUCUUCAUGGAGAUUUUCCCCUCAGAGCAUUACAUCAAGCAGUUGCAGUUGCAGCAAUGUGUCUCCAAGAGGAACCAUCAGUCCGUCCCCUGAUCAGUGAUGUUGUGACUGCUCUCAGUUUCCUUGGGACCAGUCCUAGUGCAAAUACCACAUCUUUUGAUGAUCCUUCUCCACCAUCUGAUCAUAAUAUGAUGUCUGAAAAUCAGAAUCUUCGUGAUGAAGAAUCCAUAAGGGAACGGCAACGAGCUGUCGCAGAAGCCAUAGAAUGGGGUUCAAAUUCAAGGCGUACUGCAUCACGCUGUGGCAGUGCAUCUUCUUUGUAAAACUUGAGGCACAUGGUGUUGUUAAUUUCCAUAUAUAUAUAUAUAUAUAUAUAUAUCUCUAUACUAAGACGAUUCUCUA